AUGGCUGGCCAGCAGCUCGCCAGCCAUCUCCAGGAUGAAGUGAUCUGCUCCAUCUGCAUGGACACCCUGCAGGAGCCGGUCACCAUUCACUGUGGGCACACAUUCUGCCUCAGAUGCAUCUCUCAGAUUGGAAACUCAUCGGACGACCUUCUCAGGUGUCCCCUGUGCCAGCAUUAUGUGCAGAGGAGCACACUCAGGCCCAACUGGCUGUUGGUAAAUCUGGUGGAGAGAAUCCAAGCUAUGGAUCCCUCUGAGAUCCAGCCAGAAGAGGAAGAAAUGAAAUGUUCAAAGCACGGAGAAAGGCUCCAUUACUUCUGUGAGCAAGAUGGGGAAUUCCUCUGUGUGGUGUGUCGGGAUUCCAAGGACCACAGAUCCCAUAAUGCCAUCUUGAUAGAAGAAGCUGCCCAGAUAUAUCAGCGGCAGAUUCAAUCAAAGAUGGAAGUUUUGCUGCAAAAGGAGAAGGAAAUACUACUAGAGAAGAAGAGAGGUGAACAGAAAAAUGAGGUCUUCCAGACCCAGGUACGGCUUGAGAAGCAAAGGGUUGAGCAGCAUUUCCAACACCUGCGGCAGGUCCUAGCCAAGGAAGAGAAUUUCCUCCUGGCCAGGCUUCGUUGGCUGGAGAUGGAAGGAGCCAAGGGAAAGAAGUUCUAUUCCAUUUCCACGGAGGCGCAGCUGAACUCGCUCAAGAAGCUCAUUGAAUCCCUGACAGCCAAGCGGCAAAUGCAGCCCAGACAGCUGUUGAAGGACAUCAAAACUCUCCUGUCCAGGAGCGAGGUAUUUCAAUUUCUCAACCCAACCUCAGUUCCUGAGGGGCUGGAGAAAAAACUCAACGAAGCAAAAUCCAGUCACAACGCCAUCACAGAGAACUUAAGAAAAUUCAAAGAAAACCUGCAGACUGAAAAGAAGAAAGAUGAAGCCAGAUUCCUCAAAGGCAUGGAUGAAAGGGACAAGAAGAGCUUGGUCCCUUCAGCAUUGCUCCGAGCACGAAGCAGGGCUUCUUACGUUGAGGUUCCUCGAGACCGAAUCAACUCUGAGGACACCGGGAACUUUCCCUUGGUGCAGAUUGGAGACCCACGCUCAGACUUGACUGCUGUGACCCUGGACGCAGCCACGGCCCACCCAGAUCUCAUCCUUUCUCCAGAUCUAAAGACAGCAAUGCUACACCGCGGCUACCAGAGUGAUUCAACUGAGCCCACGAAUCCCGAGCGCUUCCAUCCUUUCUGCUGCGUUCUGGGUUUACCAGGUUUUACCUCGGGCCGCCAGGCCUGGGAGGCGGAGCUCCAAGGGCCCGAAGGCGGAGCCUCCUUGGUGGGCGUGGCCUCGGAACCCGUGCCUCGGAAGGGCCACUUGCGAAUGGAACCUUUGUCUGGCUUCUGGGCGCUGCGCAUCUUCGGCCCUACGUGCCAAGCGCUCGCCGAGCAUGGCACCCGGGUGGAUCUGCCAGUCCGUCCAAGGAAAGUGGGUGUCCUUGUGGAUCACAAUGAGGGGAAGGUCACCUUCUAUGACGCCACCAACAACAGUCACAUUUACACCUUCCAAGCCUCCUUUCCUGGGAAGAUCUGUCCCUUUUUUCGGCUCCUGUUACAAGGCACCCAGAUCACCCUGAGUCCCUAG